AUGGAAGAACUGCUUUAUGAUAACCCUGUGUACGAGAUUAGGCUCGUGCCCGGCAAGGGCUAUGGCAUCGUCGCAGCCAGCAAGAUCCCCAAAGGCACCCGUAUUCUCUCUGAGGCGCCAAUUGUCCGGCUGCCCCGAGAAGCUGUCUCUGUCGAUCAACCUCAGGCCACCAAAUAUCAACUUUGGGUGUCGAUUGCUGCCAAGCUUGCCGCCUAUCCCCCAGUCUAUAAAAGGGCUUAUCUCGAGUUGUGGGACUCGUAUCCAGAAGAAAGUGACGAGGUUGGCAUUGCUUUGACGAAUGCUCUUCCUUUGGGCCCGAGCUCAUCUACAUGCGGCGUCUUCUUGCGGGCAUCUCGGUUCAAUCAUAGCUGCCACCCAAACGCGCAGGAGACCUGGAACGAUUCGAUCAAAAAACUAAAUUUCCACGCAUGUUGGGACAUUGAAGAAGGAGAAGAGAUCACCAUAAGCUACUUGAAGAAACGGGCAUGCUACAAGACCAGACAGGCCUCCCUUCAGGCUAACUGUCGCUUUCAAUGUCUAUGCUCUCUCUGCUCCCUGCCCGUCACCAAGCGGAAGUUGAGUGACACUAGACUGGAGGAGAUUCAGAGGCUCAAGAAUGAAGUCACCAGUACGAUGGCUCAUCUUUUGAACCCCCUUGACAACCUCCACAAGGUGCAUAAAAUGUUGACUCUCAUGAUCAAUGAGGGCAUUCGCGAUGUAAGCAUUCCCAGGGCCUACUACGACGCCUUUUUGACUGCCAUAUCUCAUGGAGAUCAGGCCAGGGCCAAGGUAUUUGCUGACAGAGCACUGCACAGCCGAAGAACUGUUGAAGGAAACGACAGUGCGAUGGUUAAGAAGCUGGAGCAGUUGUCCCACCACCCCUAUACACACCAGGAUUAUAAACAGACUGAAAAGUGGAAGACUAAUAUCGAAGACGCCCCAAGAGGAUUUCCGACCCCCGACUUUGAGAUUUGGCUGUGGCGAAGGGACAAACCUCGUGAGUUGCAGUUCGCUGACCUGCGGUGCACACCAACCUUUCCCUGCUUCAACGAUCUUCCUGGAGAGCACGAAGCUAACACUGAGUUCUUUGAGGCUACAGAUGCGUUCAACUGCCAACCAAAGAAGUAUUGGGCUCUCCUGGCCGACAUUCUGCACGUGGACGAGGGUGACGGCGGCGACCUGAAAGUUACUGUCGAGGACAAGAACUGGAAAAAGGUGCCAGUUUUGCUCCGUACGUCGGAAUUUGGCGACACGUUUGACCGCUCGAUGGUAAAGCGAGGGCAUACUAUUUUGAUUCUUUUCCCCGUGAAGGACGAAAGCAUGGACGGGCUACCUGGGAUUGUAGUUGACAAGCUCGACGCUUUGAAGGUACUUCUGCAUUCCAACCCCUGA